CUCCGCGUCUCCAUCGAUCGGCCACAAGCCUUGACCAAGGCAAGAAUCAUGCAUGCGGAGGCGCCGGCGACUGAACUGGGCGGGGUAUAUCUGUUUUAUGGAGUUCGGUGGUUAUGGCGGCUCUGGCGAGCGGAGAUACCGCGAACGUGCCAUCUGUUUCGAUGGGUCCAUGGCGCGCAGGGCCAAGGGCCUAUCCAGUGUCCGAGGAUGAUUCAGCGCGCGAGUUCGAGCCCGACGAUGUGAAGGGCGCAAAAGCAGAGCUCAAACACAUCAAGACGACACUUGCCAGCGUCGAGGGAGUCGUGCAAACCGACGUGACAGUUUCACGCGUAGCUGCGGCGGCCUCAAACUCAGCGUCGCCAUCGUCGUCGUCAGGCGCGCCGAGGUUGAUCGAGAGCUGGCUCGCCAGGAAGCCGGGAUAGAAAUGCCAGAAGAUGUUGAAACCGAGCGGCGGCCUUGGUGGGUGCAUAGGUGAGUUGCAACCCGCGACGUAUCAAGUGUCUGCUCAUAGCUGCCUCACAGGACAUGCUUGAUGCCGCCAAUUUCGCCAUUGGAAAAUGUCCAACGAGGCCCCAGCGAACGCGGAUCUAGGUUUAGCAAAAUGGCUCGCAGC